AUGAAUAAAUUAAAUACUAUAAUAAUAGCUUUACUUAUUUCAACUGCUUUUGUUAGAGCUGGUUCACCAGUUUCUUGUGGUAGUGGAAUAAACUGUAAUUUAUGUGGAGAUACUGAUGAAAUUAGAAGAAAUUUUGCUGCUGUUAGUCAGACAGAGUGCAGUUAUUCAAAGUGUAAUUAAGCUACACCAAUAAAUGGUUUUAUUUGUUAAUCUUGCUAUGGUUAGUCAGAUGCUGUUUAGGCUUUAAAUUAAGGUGGUUUUUAUAACCCAACUACAAACUCUUGUGUUAUUUCCUGCCCUUACGGUACUCAACCUGAUUAUACUACUUCCACUUGUCAUAGUGUUAAACCUGGUAAUAACGUUGCAUGCAGUACUGCUGUUGACUGCUCUAAGUGUGGCGCCACUCAAUAAAUACAAAAUUUAUUCACACCAGUUUCUGAAACAGAUUGCUAAAUGAUUGACUGUAGUUAAACUCCUCCAUCAUAUAAUGGCUAUGUUUGUAAAUCUUGCUAUCAAGUAUCAGGUGCUGCAGCUGCUUUAAAUAUUGGUAAUUUUUACGACCCAGGUACAAGUGCUUGUGUUGCUUCCUGCCCUUAAGGUACUCAGGCUGAUAAUACUAAUACUUGCUAAAUUGUUAAACCUGGCAAAAGUGUUAUAUGCGGUUAUAGUGGUAGCUGCUCUAGGUGUGGUGACACUCCAUAAAUAGCAAAUCUAUUCAAACCAGUUAAUAACUCAAAGUGUAAAAUGAUAGAUUGUAGCUAAACUCCUCCAUCAUAUAAUGGCUAUGUUUGUAAAUCUUGCUUUCAAGCAACAGGAGCUACAGAUGCUUUAAAUAUCGGUUAUUUUUAUGACCCAGGUACAAGUGCUUGUGUUGCUUCCUGCCCUUAAGGUAAUUAAAUUGAUUUUAAUAAUAAAUGCAAGCCAAUUCCUACUAAACCUGGUAAUAAUAUUUCAUGUGGCUCAGGUGGUAGCUGCUCUGGGUGUGGUGCCACUUCAUAAAUAGUAAAUUUAUUCACAACAGUUUCUUAGUCAAGUUGCAAAAUGAUAGACUGUAGUUAAACUCCUCCAUCAUAUAAUGCCUAUGUUUGUUAAUCUUGCUAUCAAGCAGCAGGUGCUAUAGCUGCUUUAAAUAUUGGUAAUUAUUACAACCCAGGUACACAUGCUUGUGUUACUUCCUGUCCUUAAGGUACUUAAGCUGAUAAUACUAAUACUUGCUAGCCAAUUCCUACUAAACCUGGUAAUAAUAUUUCAUGUGGCUUAAAUGGUAGCUGUUCUGGGUGUGGUACCACUCCAUAAAUAGUAAAUUUAUUCACACCUAUUUCUGGCUCAAAUUGCAAAGUCACAGAUUGUAGCUAAACUCCUACUUCAUACAGUAGUUAUGUAUGUUAAUCUUGUUAUUAAGUGACUGGUGCAAUUGCUGCUUUAAAUAUAGGUAAUUAUUACGACCCAGGAACAAAUGCUUGUGUUGCUGAAUGCCCUCAAGGUAAAGUUGCAGACAUUAAAAAAAAUUGUUAAAUUCCAUAAACUAUCAUUGGUAAAGAUGUCAGCUGUGGCACUGUUGCUUCGAAUGGAAAUGCUGCUAACUGCAAUCUUUGUGGAGAUAAUUCCAUAGUGUAAAACCUAUUCUCUUACGAUACAACAACAGCAGGUUAAAAUUGUUAAUUUAAAGAUUGUAGCACUAUCCCAAGUACUCUAAAUGGUUGGAUAUGCAACUCUUGUAAUGGUGUAGAAGGAUCUAAAAUUCCAGUUGGUUUAUACUUUGAUGGUAGUACUUGUGUUUCCACAUGUUCCACUGGAGUUGCUACAUCUUAGAGUAAUUGGACUUUUAACUUUUACAGUUUUGGAAUACUUAGAAAGUAUUAUAAUCAUGGCAAAAAGAGAAAGAGAGUUAAGAGUAAAAUAUACACUAUAGACAAUUUUAGAGAAAGGACUGGAACUAGAAUAGCUAUACAUUUAAUAGACAAUUACUUCAAAUCCAAACAUAGUUGA